AUGCCCUAUGAGCCCCUUCCCUCACUCUUCCCGAUCACUCUCGAGGAGGCGGAGGAGAAGGAGGAGGUGGUCGCACCUCCUGCCAUGCCCUAUGUCCCUACCUCGGUCCCCACCCCACCUCCGCCUUCAGUCUACCCUCGUGUGAUUCCCCCUGCCCCGCCUUCUUCCUCCUCACCCGAGGUGCCACCGUCUGUGGAGAUCACCGACAGGCAGCGCCUUGAGACUGAGCAGCUGCAGGACGAGAGCAGUAUGGAUGGAGUACAGCAGAGUGGGGGGCAGGAGAUAGGGGAGCAGCAGUCAGGGGAGCAGCAGAGUGGGGAGCAGCAGAUAGGGGAGGAGCGGAUUGAGGAGCAGCAGAUGGUGGACCAGCAGCUAGGGGAGCAGCAGACAGGGGAGCCGCAGACGGGGGAGCAGGAGAUGUGGGGAAUUAGAGAUGGUGGUCGUAUUAUGCUUGGGCUUUAG